AUGGAUAGUAUUCAAGAAGGUGAUUGCGCAGUGUGUAUGUUAAAGUAUAAUCAUCCAGCAAAGCUUCCCUGUGAUCAUAUUUUUUGUUUUCUUUGCAUCAAGGGUGUAUUUCUAAGAAGUCAUAAAUGUCCAAUGUGUCGUUCACCAAUACCUGAGGACUAUCUGGAUAAUCCACAGCUUUUAAAAGAAAUACUGGAUGAAAAAACUGAAACUGAUGAAUAUGUUGAUAAUAAAUUUUGGUGGUAUUAUGAAGGUCAAGAUGGGUGGUGGAGUUAUGAUGAAAGAAGUAAUGAAGAUAUAGAAUCAGAUUUCAAUGAUGGAAAGAGUGAGUGUAAAUUAUUAGUUGCGGGUGCAGUUUACUGUGUAGACUUUACCCAGAUGAUACAAUACAGGCAGAGUGAUCCACGUAGAAAAAGGAAAGUGAAGAGGGAUACCCACACUCAUCCAUCUAAAGGAAUAGCAGGAAUUCUAAAAGUUUGCCCUAAGCAGGUUGAUUUGAAUACUGUGAAUAUUACUGCUAACAUUCUGGAUGAUCAUACUGAUACCAUUGAAAAUAAUCAUGAAAAUGGAGACGACAUCGAUAAUAUGUCUCAAAUUUUAAGAUCUAUGUCAAUACAGGAACCGCAAUUGCCAUCUGGUAGUCCUAAUACAGAAGAUACAUGA